CAUGUUUUAAUGUUAUAUUGAAAUAUCAAAUUGAUUCGAGAAAGAAUAAGUGUUAUAAUUAUUAUACAUACAUGGCUUGCAUUGCACUUUUAACAAAUUGCAACAAGAAAACAGACAUAGCAACAAGAAAACAGACAUAGCAACAAGAAAACAGACAUAGCAACAAAACAGCAACGAAUUGUCAUGAUGCGACUUUGUGGUACCAUUCUGAUAGUCACAUUUUUAAGCAUAAAACGAUCAACACAAGUGAAUGUGACUCAUUACUUCGAAUUUGAUGUGCAACUCCAUGGAGACAGAGCAUCUGAAGGACAAGGUCGAGUAAUGAUAUACCGAGAAAAAAAUUGGCAAAGAAUCUGUAACUAUGGAUGGGAUAUCAACGAUGCUAAGGUUGUGUGUAGGCAGUUAGGAUACGACCCUGAUGGAACUGAAACGCAGUUAUAUAAGUCAAAUCGAAAGAAGGACAGAAAAAAUUCAAUUGACAAGUGGGGCUAUGUGCCGACACGGCGAUACGGUGUUCAUAGUGUUAUGUGUAAUGGGAAUGAAUCAUUUAUUGAGCAAUGCAAAAUGACUUGGCAAGAAACACAAAAAUGCAAAGAACAACAAGACGCCAUUGCUAUAUGCAAGAAAUAUGAAAGCGAUGACGGUAUACGUAGAACUAAUGACGGGGU